GAAUCGAAACUAAGAACGAGUCAACGACGUAGAUUAGAUUGUCAUUUUGUUAUUUUGCAGUUGCAGCAUGAAUGGGGAUGACAGCCCAGUUCUGCUCUAUGCACAUCCUUCAAUGGAAGCAUUAGCAGAAAAUAUUGCCAAUAUAUGUUCUACUCGUCCGAAAGAACAGCAGGAGGAGAAGCAAGUAUUCCGUGGUGUACGUUCUUUCUCAAUUUCGGGAAGUGUCUCUAGACCCCGAGAAGUCCAGUUCAGAAAAACCAUUAAGUGGAAAUCUUUUCCAGAUGGGUUUCCAAAUUUGUUCAUUGAGGAUGUCAAAUACAUGGCAGGAAAGGAUGUCAUCUUCAUUGGGAGUUUCCACUCUCCCGAUAUUGUUUUUGAGCAGCUGUCAGUUCUGUACAUGUUCCCAAGAUAUUUAGCGCGUUCCUUUCACUUCAUAAUGCCUUAUUUUCCAACUGGAACCAUGGAACGUGUUGACACAGAGGGGCAGAUAGCUACAGCAAAAACUAUGGCAACAUUAUUAUCAGGCAUACCACUGACAACGAAAGGGCCAGCUCAGAUUGUCAUAUUUGACAUACAUGCACUUCAAGAAAGAUUUUACUUCUCAGACAAUGUCAUCCCAAGGCUUGAAUCUGCUGUUCCUCUAUUGCUGAGGGAAAUGAAAACCCUGCCUGAUUUUAACAGCAUGAGUGUUGCAUUUCCUGAUGAUGGAGCAUGCAAAAGAUUCCACACUUUUUUUCCUGGUGACGAUCCUAUCACCUGUGUUAAGAUCAGGGAUGGCAAUCAUAGGAUUGUGAAAGUCAAAGAUGGAAACCCUGCUGGAAAACAUGUUCUUAUCAUUGAUGAUCUGGUUCAAUCUGGAGGAACACUGCGAGAGUGUGCCAAAGCAUUGUACGAGAAAGGAGCAGUAAAAGUCAGUGCCUAUGUCACCCAUGCUGUGUUCCCUAACCAGUCCUGGAGAAAGUUUAUAGAUUCUGAAGUCAAAUUUGAAAAUUUCUGGAUCACAGAUUCACUGCAUUUUUUUCUCUAA